UUGAAACCCCCAAAUCCUGGCCUGGCCCGGUCACACCUUGGGCCACCCAGCCACUGACACCAUGUUCUCCCGGAAGAAACGUGAACUGAUGAAAACUCCUUCCAUCUCCAAAAAGAACAGAGCGGGAAGCCCCAACCCGCAGUCCUCUGGGGAGCUGUCCAGGAAAGAAGGUGUGGAGGUGUCCUCCGGGACCGGCCUGGAGCCAACAGCCACGACCUCCUCCUCCGGAGCCAAAGGCACGCUCAAGAGGCCAACGAGCCUGAGCCGCCACACCAGCGGGACCAGCUUCCCACUCUCUGGCGCAACCUCCCGGACUCUAGGCCGAAGCUACCGUAGCCCCCUGUCCGCCACCAGCCCUGCAGACCUGCCAACUGAGGGACCUUUCCCUGAGGGCGUGGAAGACAUCUCAACCUUGCUAGCUGAUGUGGCACGAUUCGCAGAAGGCCUGGAAAAACUCAAGGACUGUGUACUGCGAGACGAACUCGAGGCCCGCCGGCCACUGGCCCAUGAGUGCCUGGGUGAAGCUCUACGUGUCAUGCGCCAGGUCAUCUCCAAGUACCCCCUGCUGAACACGGUGGAGACGCUCACAGCGGCUGGUACCCUCAUCGCCAAGGUCAAAGCCUUUCAUUACGAGUGCAACAAUGAGUCAGACAAGAGGGAGUUUGAGAAGGCUCUGGAAACUAUGGCGGUGUCAUUCAGCUGCACCGUGUCCGAGUUCCUCUUGGGUGAGGUGGACAGCAGCACCCUCCUGGCUGUGCCCCCUGGCGACACCAGUCAGUCCAUGGAGAACCUGUAUGGCCCGGGGAGUGAGUGUACCCCUCCUGGCACUGAGGACCUUGAUGAGGGGUGCCCGCCCCCGGAGGAGAUAGACAUGCUCCUUCAACGCUGUGAGGGUGGCGUGGAUGCUGCGCUGCAGUACGCCAAGGGCAUGGCCAAGUACAUGAAGGACCUCAUCAGCUACCUGGAGAAGCGCACCGCACUAGAGAUGGAGUUUGCCAAAGGCCUGCAGAAAGUGGCCCAUAACUGCAGACAGAGCGUCACACACGAGCCCCACAUGCCCCUGUUAUCCAUCUACUCACUGGCCCUGGAACAAGACUUGGAGUUUGGCCAUGGUAUGCUUCAGGCGGUGAGCACGCUGCAGACCCAGACCUUCAUGCAGCCCCUGACCCUGCGGCGGCUGGAGCAUGAGAGGCGAAGGAAGGAGAUCAAGGAGUGCUGGCACCGUGCACAGAGGAAGCUGCAAGAAGCUGAGGCCAACCUGCGAAAGGCCAAGCAGAGUUACAAGCAGCGCUGCGAGGACCAUGACAAGGCCCGUAGCCAGGUGGCCAAGGCCGAGGAGGAGCAGCAAGGUGCAGGGCCUGGGACGGGCAGCUCGGCCUCCAAGACCCUGGACAAGAGGCGGAGGCUGGAGGAGGAAGCCAAAAGCAAGGCAGAGGAAGCUAUGGCCACAUACCGCACAUGCGUGGCGGAUGCGCAGACCCAGAAGCAGGAGCUGGAGGAUACCAAGGUGACUGCUCUGCGGCAGAUCCAGGAGGUGAUCAGGCAGAGUGAUCAGACCAUCAAGUCGGCCACCAUCUCGUACUACCAACUCAUGCACAUGCAGACGGCACCGCUGCCCGUGAACUUCCAGAUGCUGUGCGAGAGCAGCAAGCUGUACGACCCAGGCCAGCAGUACGCCUCGCACGUGCGCCAGCUGCAGCGCGAAGAGGAGCCCGACGUGCGCUACGACUUCGAGCCCCACGUUUCCGCCAGUGCCUGGUCCCCCAUUUUGCGCACCAGGAAGGGCAGCUUCAAUGUAGGUGAUCCAGUGGGGGCAGAAACUACUGGCAGCCCUCCGGAGGAAGGUGGGCUGCCCAAGGAGCACCGGGGUGGCCGAGGUCACCAAGUACACAAGUCAUGGCCCACUACCAUCUCAGAGACGGAGGCUGCUCUGGAGCCCAGCAUCGGCUCAGGGGACUUUGCAAAGUACGAACGAACGUCUUCCAGUGGCACAAUGUCAUCUAGCGAGGAACUGGCCCACCAAGAGGGCAGUGCAGUAACCUCCGCCUUUGAGCAGGUUGAUCUCGAUGGCAUGGACCCUGAGUUGCCUGUGGCUGUGCCCAGUGGGCCCUUCCGCCACGUGGGGCUGUCCAAGGCCGCCCGCACACACCGGCUGCGCAAACUCCGCAGCCCCGCCAAGUGCAGAGAAUGUAACAGCUACGUCUACUUCCAGGGGGCCGAGUGUGAGGAGUGCUGCCUGGCUUGUCACAAGAAAUGCUUGGAGACCCUGGCCAUCCAGUGCGGUCACAAGAAGCUUCAGGGGCGCCUUCAGCUCUUCGGCCAGGACUUUAGCCAGGCAGCCCGUGGCACCCCGGAUGGCGUGCCCUUCAUCAUCAAGAAGUGUAUCUGUGAGAUUGAGAGGCGUGCACUGCGAACCAAGGGUAUCUACCGAGUCAAUGGUGUGAAGACUCGCGUGGAGAAGUUGUGCCAGGCCUUCGAAAACGGGAAGGAUCUGGUGGAGCUGUCCCAGGCCUUGCCCCAUGACAUCAGCAAUGUCUUGAAGCUUUACCUGCGGCAGCUGCCAGAGCCGCUCAUCUGCUUCCGCCUGUACCAUGAGCUGGUGGGACUGGCCAAGGACAGCCUGAAGGCCGAGGCCGAGGCCAAGGCUGCCUCCCGGGGACGACAAGACGGAUCUGAGAACGAGGCGGUCAAUGUAGCCAUGGUGGGCCGCCUGCGGGAGCUCCUCCGAGACCUGCCGGCCGAGAACCAGGCCACUCUCCAGUACCUGCUUCGCCACCUGCGCAGGAUUGUAGAGGUGGAACAGGACAACAAGAUGACCCCCGGGAACCUGGGCAUCGUGUUUGGACCCACGCUGCUGCGGCCACGGCCUACUGAGGCCACCGUGUCCCUCUCCUCUCUCGUGGACUACCCCCACCAGGCCCGCAUCGUCGAGACCCUCAUCAUCUACUAUGAGCUGGUGUUUGAGGAGGAGGAAUCCACGAAGGCACCUGGGGGCCAGGAAGUGCCAACCAAUGACCAGGCCAAGCUGGGGACAUCCACAUGCUACCUGGAUGCAGGAGAGGGGGCCACAUUUCCCCUGCCGGAGGAGACGGAGGACGGUGGUCACGAAUCCCACGUGGCAUCCAAUGACUCCGACUCGGAGCUGGAGGAGGCCUCGGACCCACUGUCGUCAUCAGAUGCCAGCGUCCUGCACCGCUUCAGUUUCCUGGAGCAGACGGAGGCCGAGGCCAGCACUGGAGACAGUCAGCGCAGCGGCAGCCGCAGCGGCAGCGAGGAGCACCUGGAGGCCGAGGCAGCGGCCCAGCCACUGGGCACCCACAACACCAACCAAUCCAACAACACAUCAACGGCCAUGCUGCCCACCAUGAGGCUCCGUGGAGGACAGAUUGCACCAGGCACCAGCCAGGAGCGGCAGCCACAUUUUGUCUGAGCUGGGCUGGUGGCCGAGACCAUUGGACCAUUGCUGGCUGCUCUCGGGGUCGCUAUCCAGAGCCCUGGAUUUGGAAAGACCCAUGGGAUGAAACUGGCCACCUACUUUUAGAGAUGUCCAGGGACACAGGGAGUGGUGAAAAUGUGGGGUACCUGAGUGCGACCCUUGCCUUUCCUGGGGUCCCUACUGUUGCCAGGGUACAGGCUGCAGCCCAGGUUGUCCUUGCAGUCUUUGGGCUUGGGGGCUAUUCUGGGUACCGUGGAGUUGGGAGGCAGGCUGGGAGAGGAUGUGUGCAGUUGGGGGGUUGGUAAGGUUUAGGUUUAUGGGAUGGGGUGACUCUCAUAGGUUCCAGUGGGUGGAGAUGACAUG